AUGAAUCACUCCCAUAAUUACAUAGUGGGAGAUCCAGCGACAGAGCCGACGCUUGAAUUAUUCAAAGUGCAGUGGCGAAUGCCUCACGUUGCGUUGAAUGAAGUUAAUAAACUAUCCAUGCUACGAGCCUUGGAAAGUGGACGAUAUCUAAGUAUGAGUUUCCGUUCCUGGAAACUGUACGAGUAUUCCUGUAUCGAACACGAUGAAGCAUUCCUGAUCAUCAAGACUGCGACUCAGUUAGAAAAACCACGAUAUGUUAUCUUUACUAUGCAGACUAAUAGAAAAAAUAACAUGACAAGACAUAAAACUCACUUCGACCACUGUAAAUUAACCAACGUGAAACUUUAUUUAAACUCAGAAUUUUAUCCGUACGAUGACCCGAACCUAGACUUUGACAAACGCAGAAUAGCUACUUUGUAUGAUAUGUAUAUACAUUUCCGAUGGACUUGCUAUGAAAUCUCCCGCGAAAUAUACGAAACGUUAUUCAAUCUGGAUGGUUAUGCUUUUGUAAUCAUCGACUGCUCGCGACAAAACGUAUCCGUCAAGAGUGGUACCGUGGAUGUACGAUUAGAAUUUGAAUUCAAAGAGAAUGUAGCCGCGAAUAUUACAGCCUAUUGUCUUAUCAUAUAUGACCGCGUGAUCGAAUACAGCCCAAUGUCAAACGUAGCAUGCAAAAUUACGUAA